GAACAUAUACACUAUCAAAACAACACCGGCCACUUUGACAUUUCCUCGGAUUUUAUCAACUUAUUUUUGUGGUGCCGUCAGUGGUACUACUCCUUGGAUUAAAUGGCAGCCCUGAGAAAAUGUUUUGUGUUUCUGACAAAGACUUCGCAGACAGGGAAGCAUUUCAUGUGUCUAAGUGGGAAAAGACUGUCUGUACAACCAAGUGCAGCACAUACAACAUGGUCUAGAAAACGGAUGGUUACAGUCACUACUAGCAGGAAACUCUCUUUGUUUGAAGUUCCAGCUGGAUCAUCAGGCUUGCCUAAGACAUUUACCCAUGAUUCUCGCAGGAAAGGAGGCGAUGAUACUACACCUGAAAAAUUAUCUGAUAGUUCUCUGAACUGUCGUCUAGCUGCUGAAAAUGGAUUUCUCUCUUGGGCAAGGAAUGCCUACAUCUCUUGCGUGGCUGGCUGUGCUCUCCUAUCACAUGCCCAGACAGAACCAAUGGUGGAUGCAGUGUUUGGUAUAUUUUUCAUAUCCUGCAUGAACAUGGCAUGUGGAACUGUUGUUUAUAUCAGCAACUUACUGUCGAUGCAGAGGCGGGUACAGAUGAGCUCUCGUCAUGUUUUAUUGUCCAUCACCCUAACACUGAUUCAUGCCGUGAUAUAUGCAAGUGCAAUGUUUAUUUUCCUUGAGGACUUUGACUCCAAAAAGAUUAAGGGACUUGAAGAUGAUGAAGAACAUGACAUCAAUCAACUUUGAUGGCAUGAUUAGUUAAUACUCUCCACAUGACGUACUAUAUAAAUGAAUUUUAGACUGUGGGCUAUUCAAAUCAUUUGUGUCCAUGUCAAGUCCAUUAGUUCUUAAACAAUUUUCGUUAUGCUCUUUCUUGAGAAAUACACGAUGGAUGGUUUCCCAAUUUCAUAUGUAUAUUCCUUCUGGUCCUUAGCAAUGCAUCAUCUCUUUUUCAGACUGAUUAGAAAAACAAUGUGAUCGACAGG